UCUAGAGGCUAGCUAGUCGUCUGUGUCUGUGAAGGUCUGUACUCUCUCUUCAUGCUUGAAGCGGCGGGAAAGUAUCACGACUUCUUCCAUUUAAACUUCACAAGAAAAUGAACGCAGGCAUCUUUCUAGUCGCACUGCGGAGAGGAUGUACGCAGACCUUCAGACGACCUCUUCUACCUGUUUCCUCCUCGACGGUGCAGUGCCGCCUGCAGUCCACGGAGCCCGUCCCUGCGGCCCAUUUGCCCUACAGGGUCAAGGUGUCUGCUGGGAAACGCUAUGCCUGGUGUGCCUGUGGUCACAGCAAGAAGCAGCCUUUCUGUGACGGAGCUCACAGGACACUCGCGCCGAGCUUCUCUCCUCUCCGCUUCACCCCCGACAAAGACAGGGCGGUCAUGCUGUGCGCCUGCAAGCAUACCAAAAACGCACCGUACUGUGACGGCUCACACUUUAAGGUUAUCUUCCAGGAUGUAGUGAAGAAGGUGAAAGGUGUAUUUAAAUGAGAAGAAUUCCAUCUUUGUCUCAACAGCAGUAUACAAUCUACGAGGAUCAAACGUGCUUUGCUUUUUGUUAGGAGGAUGUGAUAAUGUCCAGAUAUCCUGCACUGACUUAUCCCGUCCAUACUCGUCUGAUUGAAUACUCUGUAUAAGUGUUUGUUCAUGUUUAUUCAAAUAUGAAUUAUUCAUAACCAAUUAAAAUGCUUCAAAAACA